AGGAUGGAACGGAAGAACGCGGUUGUCGACACGUCGAGCGGUAAAUUGCAGGGUUCGUGUCAACGAAGCUGCUUAGGCGAUAAAUAUUAUGCGUUUAAAGGGAUACCCUAUGCUAAGCCACCAACCGGUCAGCUAAGAUUUCGAGAUCCGCAACCAAUGGAACCAUGGACGGACAUCCGCAAUGCAAUGUCAUAUGGAUCGAUUUCAGCACAGUACGACGCUGGAUUAAAAGAAGUGAUUGGUUCCGAGGACUGCUUGUAUUUGAAUGUAUAUACACGAAAUUUAGAUGCAUGUUCGCGAGCACCUGUGAUGUUUUGGAUCCAUGGUGGAGCGUUUCUAUCUGGUAGUGGCAACGACGAUAUGUUCGGACCUGAUUAUUUGCUCACGAAGAGUGUUGUACUUGUCACUAUUAACUACAGACUUGGGGUUUUUGGUUUCUUUGAUUUGGAAGAUAAAGUGGCGCCUGGUAAUCAGGGCCUUAAAGAUCAGGUGAUGGCUUUGAAAUGGGUACGCAAUAAUAUUAUCAACUUUGGUGGCGAUCCUGAUAAUGUUACAAUUUUCGGCGGUAGUGCGGGUGCGGCGUCAGUUCAUUUUCUCACAAUGUCGCCUAUGGCAAAAGGAUUGUUCCAUAAAGCAAUUUGUCAAAGUGGCACUGCAAUUAGUACGUGGGCAACGAAGAAGAAUCCAAAGAAAGUUGCAUUUCAGUUUCUCGAUGCUUUGAAUUGCAAACAACAAGAUCCUAAAGUGAUUGUUGAAUUUUUAAGGAAUAUCGAAUAUACUCGAAUAAUCGAAGCACAACAGACAUUGGCCACACCUUUGCACAUGUUAAGAGGUGACUUUCCCUUCACACCUGGAAUCGAUGACCAAUCUGAUGAACCGUUCUUGAAUGUACCUGCAGCAGUAGCCGCAGAGGAAGGUGUUCAAGUACCUCUUAUGAUUGGGUCAAAUACCUUGGAAGGUCUUGUCUUACUACGGGCCAUAAGAGCACUAGAUCUAAUAGAUAUCAAUCGGAACUUGGAGCACUACAUGUUUUCGAAUAUCGAAAAAAUUCUACAGCGGUACAAUUUGACACUGAAAGAUUUGCGGCAAUUAUAUUUGAAAAAUGAUCUAAUCUCUAAUGAAACUCUACACAAAUAUCUUGAACUUUUGGGCGAUAUACUCGUCACAGAGAAUAUUCACAGGCUCGCGAAAAUACAAUUUCACAAUGGCGCAGCGCCAACCUAUCUUUACAAAUUAUCGUACGAAAAGAAUCUCUCGUUGAGUAAAAAACAACUGAACACUGACAUCAAGGGCGCCAAUCACGGUGACGAAUUAAUGUAUUUAUUUCGAGCGCACAUCUGCGAUACUUUGAACUUGGUGCAGUUGCAAGAAGGAACUGGUGCUGACAGAGUAAUGAAACAAAUGGUUGAGCUGUGGACGAAUUUUGCAAAAACAGGGAGACCGACUAGCGUCGCGUCAGAUUUGUUGCCUCUUUAUUGGCAGCCGGUGGGAAGCGACGUUAUUCUGCGCUAUUUGAAUAUUGGCGAGGAACUACGUAUGGAGAAGGAGUUGAAUAUCGAACAGCGAUACUCUUACAAGAGGAAUGAUUUUAUUAUCCAUUAAUUUAUUGAUUUUUAAAAACUAUGAUACUCUGUUACAUUUCGUUUAUUUUAUUUUGACGAAGAUAAAAAGUAAUAAAAAAAAUAUUUAUCUUUAAGCUUCAAUAAAUUUAAUAAAAUAAUUGAAAAACAAAGAAAGGCUCGAAAAAUAUUUCUUUUUUUCAGUCGAAUGAUGUUCUUAAAUGUAAUUAAUUGAGUUAAUCAUAAUUUUCGUAAACGAUAUUAAUAUUUUAAUUAUAAUUCGCGGUUUUUUGAAUGCGUAAUACGCAACUAAAUUUUAUAAUAAAUAAACAAUAAUUUACAAAACUUCUAUCUCAGAAAUGUAAAUAAACUUAACCCAGCGAAGAAAAGUAUUUAACACAAAUAUAGUUGUAACAAAAUAUAUACAGCACAGAGAAUGAUAUUGACAUGCACGAAAUUAAUGUGGAUUGGAGGGUAGCUCUGCUGAAUUUCAACAUGUACAGUGUGAAGCUUGGAUGAAUAUUGGUUACUCGAGUUGUUCGUGCACCUGUCAUGUUUUUGUUACGCAAGGGAACUAUCC